UGACAUGGGGAGGGGGCGCGGCCCCCGCCCGCCUCCCCGGCGGGAAUCCCCGCUCGGCACCGCCCCCGCGGGAAGGGGGGACACGCCGGGCCCGCCCCCGGCGCGGGUUGUGCGCGUGCUCGGCGGGAGCGCGGCCGGGAAUGGCGGCGGUUUUGGAGCUGCUGCUGCAGGAGGAGGUGCCGGUCAGCGCCGUGGUGCGGUGGCUCCAGCACGGCCCCGGCCACCGCCCGGCUGAGGAAAACCACAUCCAUGACAAGCUGGUAUCUCUUAGUUUGCUUCAGAAUGAUUUUGUGCCUUUUCUGCUAAAUUUUUUAAGGGAGCAGACCAGCCAGAUUCUGACUAAUGGACCCUCUACUCCUGCUAAAACACCUAAUUCCAAGGCCCAUGGGAGCCAAAGGACAGGAUCAGAAAGGAGGGCAGGCCAUGCAACCAGCAGCCGAGUGCAGCUCUUUUCCCAAAGGACUUCAGUGACUACCUGCACCACAGAUACCAGCUUUUCUCCUGCUGCAGCAUCCAGCAGUUCCUCUUCCUUUUCUGGGUCAAACCUCUCUAGCCCUUGUGGUGAUUUCCCAAGCGUGGUGUCCAGUAGCAGCCCGAGCUUUGGGCACAGCCCUGUGCUUCACCACGGGGAGAAGCGGUCAUCUCAGAAGGCCAGCUUGGGGAGCUUCCUUACAGCCACACCGGAAGCCCUGCCAGUGAGACGAGGCCGAAGGAAAGGAAACAGCUCAGUUGGUGCCUCUGGCCGUCAGGUAGCUCGGGAUCUGGGGCGUUCCCUUGCUGAAGAGGAAGAUGGAAAGAAUGACAGUGUAUCGUGGAGCGGAGGGAGAAGGAAGCGGAGUGAAGUGCCUCUUGAUUCUGCCAGAUCCCCAACCAGCCAGCUAAACCUUAACAACUUGGAGGAGUUCCCACCCAUGGGUGCUGCCUCUGGCUGGACAAACAAAAGCAAACCAUCGAGGCGAAUCAACCCAACUCCUGUAAGUGCUGAGCGCCCCCUCUCAAAACCAAAGACGUGCUUCACUUCUACUCCUGUUAGUAAGUCUCCAGCUGCUCUGUUGUCAUCUGGGUCAAGCCUUGAGGCCUUUACCACUGUCCAGGAAAGAAACCUUACAUCUGUGAUAAGCAACAGCCUUCAAGAGGAGAGGGAGAUGCUGAAGAAAGAACGAUGCAAAUUGCUGCACCAGGCGUCUUCUCCUGCAGGGAUGUCUUUUGAUCCUGGUACUCCGACUAAGCCUAGCUACACUCGCAGUGUUAGCCUGCCUGCUGAAAGCCAUCUAGUCACCUGUGCAAAUCCUACUAAGGUUUCCUGCAAGAAGCAGCUGGAGUGUCUGGCACAGCUCUAUUCAUCGUGUAUAGCAGAAAACCUCGUACCAAAUAUUUUUCUGGAGCUGUUUUUUGUUCUGCAACUAUUGACAUCUAAAGGUACUUCUAUUGCAGAAGAUGGGGACAGUGACCUUGAAAUCAAUGAAAGUAGUAGAGAAGUGUCAGAGGGACAGCAUUUCCAAAGUGUGCACAACUGUGUUUAUUUUGCUGUUCGAGUCUUGGACUAUCAGUAUGAAAUUAUUUCCCAUUUAGAAAAGGGGAUGCUGAAGCUUUUGGCUGAAAAUGAACGGAUUGCAUCUUUUUCUCCCACCUUGCACAAGAGGCUCAGGCAGGCUUAUGAAAGCAGCGCAGCCAAGGUGUCUCUCCUGUUGCCGUGCUCUGUACAGUCUGUUUCUUUCCAGCCAGAAACUGAUAAUCGCUCUAACUUUCCCAGUGACAGAGCAUUUCACAUAUUUAAGAAACAAAGGGACAUAUUUUAUGAACUUCUGCGUGAAUGGGAGGAUAACCACGAGAAAAGUGGCUGGGACUUUGAAAGAGUUCUGGGCAACAAGAUCAGGGCCAUGAUGGCUCAUCUAUCUGCAACCUGCAACCACAGCCAUUUUGCCCGGCUCUUUCAGAAACAGCUUAUCCAGAUGUGUAAAGGUCCUAUUGGUGGUGGCGCAAACUGGGGAGAUACGCCAGACCAGGACGUCCUUAAUAUGCUGGGUUCUGACAAUCUGAGCCGUCUGAAGAGGCUGCAGGAAAGAUUUGUUGUUCCUCAGAGCAUCAGAGGACCUUGUCCACCCCCUUCGUUCCCGGGGUGCCAGCAAUUCUUCAGGGACUUCAUCCUCAGUGCAGGAAGUUACCAGUUCAAUCAGCACCUGAUGGAUAGUCUGUGCCUGAAGAUACUUGAACUGAAUGGCCUUACUCUGGUGGAGCAUGAGCACACUGAUGGGGAAGCAGACAUGGAUGAACAGGAUGAAAAGAAGCGCUUCACUGUGGUCCUGUUAAGUCUGCGACUCCUCGCCAAGUUCCUGGGGUUUCUUGUUUUCUUGCCAUAUCGCACUGUGGAGCAGCCAACUAGGGACUUGCAAGAUUCUGCAUUAGCAUUAAGAAACCAAACCCUGCCUAUACUGGAUGUAUUGAAGCUUCUGAGACAAUCGGUUCGGGAUCAACGUUCUAUCCUUACUAUUCCUUGGAUUGUGGAGUACCUUUCCCUUGUGGAUCAUAUUGCUCCUUUCCUGGAUUACUACAGGAAAGUAUUUGGUCUCUUGCUGCAGGUGUACAGGUUAAUGGUCCUUUCUGAAGAUAAGAAGAUGAGUUUCCUGAACAAGCUGCUGAUCCUUGCAGUUCUGGGUUGGCUCUUUCAGGUUCCAUCAGUCCCUGAAGAGUUGUUUUUUACCACUGACGACAGGCAGGAGAGAUUUAUGAUGGAUACUGUGACAUCUGCUCAGGCUUUGGACUCUGUACCCUUGGUGGAUCAGCAGUUACUUUAUACCUGCUGUCCCUAUCUUGGUGAGCUGCGUAAACUACUUGCCUCUUUUGUGGCUGGUAGUGGAGCAAAAAAUGGUGGCUUUAUAAGAAAAAUCACUCCCACAGCUGCAGAGUCUUUAGCACCCAAGGCUUCUGUCACGCAGCGGAAACUGCAGGUGGAGUUGGAACAGGCCUUCUUCCACAACCAGCCUUCUUCCCUACGGAGAACAGUUGAAUUUGUGGCAGAGAGGGUGGGAUCCAACUGUGUUAAGCACAUUAAGGCAACACUGGUAGCAGAGUUGGUUCAAAGGGCUGAAGCCAUGUUGCAAGAUAAAGUGAAGGAGGAUGCUGCUAGUCAUGACAAACUUCUUGAAGAGGUGUGCACUCAUCUCUAUGAGGAAGGGGCCGAGGCACUCAUCAAAGGCAGAGCAUUUUGCAAAAAGAAAGGUCCUGAGGCAGUAAGGGUGUUGUUGCCAGAAGAGACAUCUGCAGCAGUUUUAAGUAGUGCAGAAAACAUUGCAGUGGAACUGGCUACUGAAAAAGCCUGUGGCUGGCUCUCUGCCAACAUUGCAGCACUCAUCAAAAGAGAAGUGAAGGCAACCUUCAACAGAAUGCUUAAAGUCCCAGGAUUUCCCUUGCCCAGUGAGGAUGUUCUGGAGUUGAGAAGGGACUGCCCUCCAGGCUGUCAGCACUGUGCUCCAUUUCCCUCUCAAGUCAUCAAUGAGAUUAAGGAUGUGCUCUGUGUUGCUGUGGGCCCACGGGAUGAGGGUGAAGUGAUUGACUAUGUCUGGUUGGAGUGCUUGCUAGGAAGAUUGAGUCAGACACUUCAAUGCAGAAAGUUCAUGUGUCCCACAUCAGAACAGCAGCUGGCAAAGUGCUCUGUUGAGUUGGCUUCUUUGCUGGUUUCAGAUCGUGUUCCUCUGAGUCUUGAAAUCAAAUCCCCAAAGAAGAGCCCCGAGAGACUGUGUGUAAAGAAUGAUCCCACCUAUGGCCUUCUAAAACUGCUGCUCUCUGUCUGGAAGGAGGACUUUGGGACACCUGUUCCUGUGCAGCUGAUCUUCAGCAAGAAGAACGUUGGUUACCUUGCAGAAGUUAAGCUGCGAGAGUGGGAUUUGUUCCUUUUCUUGCUUCAUGGUCUUGUAGAACAUGAACUAAUGAGAACUAGUGAAAUAGAGAGUUGCCUGCAUAGCCUUGAAGAGCUCCCUUGGCCCUCAGAUUUCUUAAAAGACCUGAAAAUGCUGUCCAGAGUAUUUGUGUCAGAACAUCAUACAAAGGAGCUCAGGACUAACCCUUGUGAGCUGACCAGACGAUCUCUAGGUACUGUGACCGCACAAAGUUAGCAGAGGUGGACUCUGUGGGCAAAAAGUACUAAUGAAGACGCAAAUGGGAUUUUUAGAAUUUCUGAAGGAUUGGGAGCUCUUUGUUGGGAGCAUACUGCAGAUAAGGGGUCACUUUGCAAAACCUGCACUGGUCUUUCUGUUCGUGGACAUUUGCUGUGGUGACUAUGCUGAAGGAUUUACAUCAGCAAAUGGAUCUCCAAGUCAAAAGUCCUUUAAGCACCUUGAUUAUGGCUCAGAGCAGCUGUUCUUUAGACUUAUAGGUACUUUUUUUAUUUGUGCAGCAACAGGCUGCGACCAAACCCAGGAAUCAAUUCAAGUGGACAAGUGUCUUUGUGAUCAGAGAGGCGGUUCCUUAGCGUCUGUCUCUUCUCUUAAGUCAAUGUGAUUUCUCAUGCUAUCUUGUAAGAAAGCCUCUACUGUCAGGGGAAGGACAAUGUGAACCUAUAUGACACAGAGAUGUGCCUAUAUUUAUUUUUCAAUGUAAGCUCAAUGUUGAAGGUUUGAUUUUAAUUUUUUAAGACUCAUUUUAAAAGUUAAAUCAUAUUAAAUACACCAGACCAUCAAUGGCAUUAUUGUUAAAGGAUGUAGAUGCUAAAGUGGUUUUCCGUCUCUUGUUGGAAACAGAACUUGUAAUUUCCCAGGGAUUUUAAUAGAAAUAAGGGAGAAAAUAUCUGUUUAUAUUUUUUACUGAAGACAGUAUUUUUAAGACACUUUUAUAGUAUGUGAACAUAAAUGGCAUCUGGCUGCUAUCCACUGGUUUUUAUAAUUCUUCUUGCCUUGAGUUUGGCUUUUUUCAGUCAGGAGGUGCUGCAGCAAGAAAACUACAGCCUGGAAGAGCAGACAAAGUAGUGAAAAAGCACUGUGAUGCACCCUGGAGAGCAGAUUUUGAAAGGAGUCCUUUUCUUGGAGGACAGUGGUAUUUUUCUGCCCUUCCAGGCAGAUCAUCACCAAGGAUAUGAUCUCCCCAAGUAUUUCCUUAAACUGGGGUUUGUGGCAGGGACUGCUGGUGACUAGCAGAAUAUGAUUAGAUGCUCAUUAGCUAUCUCAUGGGAUCUCCUGCCCACUGCCUGGUAGCAGUGAGGACAUUACUUCCUUUUGUCUAGGAGUGUCCUAUUAGUGUAGGUUUUUCCAGAAAGCAAGUUCUGUGUUUAAGAACAACAUCCAGACAAAGUAAAGACCAGGAUUUUUUAGCUUGGUAAUUAACAAACCUCUUCCUUGUAUAAGGUGAGAAAAGGGAACAUCUUGGAGUCCGUGAUUUAAGAAAAACCACAGACAGGAUUCAUUAGGCAGAAGUGUAGCUUCUUUUAAAAUUUAUGUUAUACAGAGAGAGAAACCAUAGAGGCACAUCAAUGUCUGAACUGUACUAAGACUUGUCUUGUUUACUAAGCCCUGUAUUGAAAGAUUUGGCAUGUUCCAUCUGCAUUGCUCAUUUUAGGGGUUUUCUGAUGUGAAUGAAGGAGAGAGUCCCUAAAAGUAGGCCAUGGUGCACAUACAGCAAGACAUGGGAAUACAAAUUGAAGCAGCAAGUACACCAUAUCAUGCCAUACCUGCAUCCUGAGGCUAUUAUGUUUUGUUUUGCUGCAGAUCUCAUUUGAAAUUGCUGUUUGUCAUAAUAAACAUUAUUAAAUGUCUUGUCUUGUGUUCAAGCUGUCAAUAUAUAACCUCUUUGUACUAGGGUGAAGAACAAAACAGGUACCUUGCCACAAAGAAUGGGGCAGAGAAAGUACAGUAACACCUGCUAUCCAGCCUGCUGCUGCUUUGCUUCUACUGAAAUAGAACUUUGUUAUAAAAGGGGAGGGAGGCGGGGCAGUGGGACAAAAAAAAAAGGAGCUCUGGGCUCUGGCAUGGAUUUUAUUUGGGUACUGUAAAACUGUUUGUGUUGAUACCAUUGCUCCAGCCAUUUUCAUGAACUCAACAUACCUACAUUAUCCUUCUCUAAUACAACAUGUUUGGAAGAUUUAUUUAAAAGGUGGCCAAGUCUCAGGAGCAGUUUACAACAUCCAAAGAACACAGUUGUGCCCUGUGGGCCAGGAGACAGUCAGUUCUCCAAUGGGACCCAGCAGGUAAGAAACACCUCUGUUUCUGUGUUC